UUCCUCUUGAAUUCGCACACAUUUGUGGGGUGGGGGCAUUUCCUUUUUCCCACCCCAGCCCCUCUCUCACGCUGAAUACCACCGCUGUGUGCAUGCAUCCACCCGGGGCAUAGACGUGACCAGACGCCGAGGAGGAUGCGCUCUGGGCGGACUUGACCCACUCCACGCCUCGGCCGCUCUUUCAGCUUCCACAGCACCGAGCGGACAGCAGUGUAGUAUGCACAGUGACCAGGGGAAACUGUUGAGAGUUGGUGCUCGAAGUUUGACGCAUUUUCCGGGGAGAGGAUGUAGUGUCGUCUCGCUGCUUCUUCGGAAAAGUUCAGAAGUAUUUUCACGGGCUGGCUAAUGGCACACAUUCUGUCCAAAGGAGCUGAUCGGAUAACUGAAGCUUGAUUUAUGGGAGUUUGGUGCCAAAGUGGAAAAAGAGGACCAGCGUAGAGCCGUGGACAGCGAUCAGACUGCGGGAGGAGCGCUUUCAUGGAGGAUCAUCAUGGUUUUUAAGUAGGAUCCGCGCAAAGGCAGAGGGCAGCGCCAAUGAGCGGGACACAGGCGACCCUCGCUGACAGGACCCCAAGCAUCCUGAACAAAGAGUGUUUGGACAGAAGGCCCAGGACAGAGCGACCCCCUGUGGCCCUCAAACAGGAUUUUGAUCCCACAGGCCUGGUGCAGCGCUGUGUGAUCAUCCAGAGGGAUGAGAACGGCUUUGGGCUGACGGUGAGCGGAGACAACCCUGUGUUUGUACAGCUGGUCAAAGAAGAUGGAGCCGCCAUGAGGGCUGGAGUACAGACCGGAGACCGCAUCAUCAAGGUGAACGGCACUCUGGUGACUCACUCCAACCACAUCGAGGUGGUCAAGCUCAUCAAAUCUGGUUCCUAUGUGGCCCUGACGGUUCUGGGCCGGCCCCCUGGUCUUCCUCAGAUCCCUCUGGAGGAUGAGCUUUCCCCCCUGUCCCCUGUGUCCCCUGUGUCCACACUGCACUCCCCCGUCCUAUCAGGAGGGGGCAGCGCCAGCCCUCUGUCCCUCAGGAGUCCACUGUCCUGCAGCCUGUCCCCAAGCAGCUCCAUCCACAGCAGCCCCUUGACCUCACUCAGUCCCCUACCCUCCCUCAGCCCCCUGGCCUCCUGCCCACUGGAGGAGCUGCAGAGUGACAACAGAAACAGCCAAUCAGAUCCACCCCUGAGGGCAGACACCCAAGUGGAGAUACAGGUUACCAGAACAGACAAUGUGGAUGACGGCAGGUUGUGUCCGCUGGUGGACAUGUCUCUGUCCUCACACAGGGACAGUAGCAUCCAGAACCCAGUCCAGAGCAGUGGAGACACGUCCUGCUCCCCCCCAGAGGACAGCCGCUUGGAGGGACACAGCCUGGGGACAACGAUGGACAUGGAGGAUGCCCUGGGACAGGCGGGGCUCGCACCUCCAUCCCCCAUCCACCCUCAGAUCAUUGGAGCAGAGGAUGAUGACUUUGAGCCAGGACAGCUGAACGGGCAAUGCAGUAGUUUCCAGAGUAUUGAUCAGCUGAAGACUAGGCCUGCUCACCUGGCUGUUUUCCUCCAUCACGUCGUCUCACAGUUUGACCCGGCUCCUUUGCUGUGUUACCUGUACGCUGACCUGCACAGACUGACCAGUGCCAAGGAGAGCCGCCGGUUCUUCAUAGACUUCCACUCGCUCUUCUUGGACCGAGCCGCUAAUCUGAAAGUCCCAGUUCCAGAGAGUGUGGCAGCUGAACUUGAGAGAAGGCGUGUGGAGCUGCUCCCAGAGGACCUCUGUAAACACUACACUCAGACCAUUCAGGACUCUCUGCGCUCGGACUUGCUCAAACUGCUGGAGGACUUCAGGCAUAAACGCAGUAUGGGUCUGACCCUCGCUGAAGACGAGCUCUCCAAACUGGACCAGGACCAGAUCAUUGACCAAUUUAGUGACCCGACCAGAGACCAGACAACAGACCAGACCAGAGAGCAGCAAGCCCUGGAGAAGGAGUGCAACUGUGCUGAGGGAAUCCUCUCAAAGAUCGACGACGUUUUGAUAGCGUCACAGCCCUCAGAGGAGGACAAGUGUUUGACCGUGCAGUAUGUGAUUCAGACCUACAUGAAGCAUCUGGGUGUGAAGGUGAAGGAGACACGAGGACUGGAGCACAAGAGGCCACGGGUCAACUUCCUCCCAAAGAUUCCUGCUAAGAAGAAAACCAUCAAAGCAGAGAAGGAGGGAGAGGAGAAGGUGAAGAAGCGCUUCCCCAACAUCUUGCCUACACCUCGACGUCUCAGCCGGGUGGAGUCCACUUCAGUAGGGAAGGCCAUGGAGCUGAACAAGCAGAGGUCUCCUAAGCAGCUCCCUCAGCCCAGCUUUACCAUCCCCGAGCAGGCCGACUCCUCGAGCACUGUGCACAUAGUGUCACCCAGCGCGACACCCACCUCCCACAGCUCUGCAUCUGGGCACGCACCGGACCCCAGUGGCCACGAGUCAGACUGCAAAAUCGAGACUCAUCAGACCAGGCAACAUUUUUCCAGUUUUCAACUGUCCAAUUUUGAUGCGUCCUCUUUGUCCCCGGGCCCCCGACUGUCUGAGGGCCUCCAGUCUGCCAAGACCCCUGAGGGCCCUUCCUCUCCCUCAAGCUCACAGUUCGACUUCAGCACUUCCAGUGUGGAGCUCCAGGACGAGGACCAGGACGCACUCAGCCGCCGCAUCGACCCUCAGAGCACUGGGGCCACAGCAGAUGUCCUGAGCGAGGAUGACCAGGGAACUGAGGUGGAGCUGGAGGAGGGCGCUCCCACCUGGCAGAGCGCGGUCAGCCGGGACGUCCUUGCUGCGCUCACAAGCAGGGAGAUAGAGAGGCAAGAGGUCAUCAACGAGCUGUUGUACACAGAAAGGGCCCACGUGCACAAGCUGAAGGUGCUGGACUGUGUAUUCUACCAGAGGCUGAACCGGGACUCCAUCCUCCCAGCUCAAGACCUCAGGAACAUCUUCAGUAACCUGCAGGAGAUCAUCCAGCUGCAUGCGGUUCUGUCGGAGCAGAUGGCAGCGGUGAGGAGGAGGAGCGAGGGCCCAGUGGUGGGGUCCAUAGGAGAGGACUUGCUCACAUGGUUCAGUGGAGCGGAGGAGCACAGGAUAAAGCAGGCUGUGGCUCUGUUCUGCUCUAACUUGCCCUCAGCUCUGGAGCUCAUCAAGACCCGACAGAAGAAGGACCAGAGGUUUGCCAGCUUCAUGCAGGAGGCAGAGAGUAAUCGCCUGUGCCGGCGGCUGCAGCUCAAAGACAUCAUCCCUGUGGAGAUGCAGAGGCUCACCAAGUACCCCCUCCUACUGGACAACAUUGCCAAGUACACCGAUGACGUGGAGGAGAGGAGGAAAGUGAAGAGAGCUGCGGAAUGCUGUAAGAAGAUCCUGAACCACAUCAACCAGGCGGUGAAAGAGGCGGAGAACAGACAGAGGCUAAAGGAGUACCAGAGGAGACUGGAUCUGUCCUCUCUGAAGCCCAAUGAGAAUCCUGUGGUCCUUGAGGUCAAGAAUCUGGAUCUGACCAAGAAGAAGCUUGUUCAUGAGGGCCCACUGUCUUGGAAACUCACAAAAGACAAGGCCAUUGACAUGUACACUCUGCUGCUGGAGGACAUCAUGGUGCUUCUGCAGAAACAGGACGAGCGUCUGGUCCUGAAGCUCCAUGGGAAGAACCUGACCAGUGCAGUGGACCCAAAGCAGGUGUUCAGCCCAGUCAUCAGACUGAGCACAGUGCUGGUGCGCCCGGUGGCCACAGACCACCGGUCCUUCUUUGUCCUAUCCAUGUCUGAUAACGUGGCUCAGAUCUACGAGCUGACUGCACAGACCAUCUCAGACCAGAGGACGUGGCAGCGUCUGAUCACUCAGUGUGCAGACUCCCUGAAGGCUCGGCUCCACAGCAGAGAUGCAGCGGUCUCCCAGUCCGAUGAACAUAAAGCCAAUGAGAUCAUCAGCAACGGCCUGGACAAGACCAAAGAGUCCUGUGUGACUAGUGAGGAGGACCAGUGCUCAGAGCUACCCUGUGCAGAGACCUCCAGUCCUUUAUCUGGGGGGAGUUGUCUGGAGGAGCAGGAGCACCCAGAGGAGCAGGAGGUGGACGAGGCCGAGCUGGAGGCCUUCCUGGACGGGCAGUUAGCAGAGCGUCUGGACCAAGAGAGCCAGGAUAGCCCAGAGAGCCCGGUCCAAACCAGCUCACAUGACCUGAGCAUAAGCGCGUCUAAGGCUGAAGAUGCUCUGCGCACAUUGUCCAUGCUGAAGCAGUUGUUGUUGAACCAUAUGAUUAGAGCCACUGAGGAAGACAGACAUGAGACUAUGGAGGACAACCACACAGAGGGUACAGACCCCCCAACAGAGGACCCACCUGCAGAGGCCUUCCAAAUGGACACAUUGGUAAACCUCCACAGACAUGACCCACCUCCUUCCCCCUGCACAGAGGACACUCCCUUAGGGACCUGGAGCUGUGCUGUUUCCUCAGACGCCCCAGCAGAGAGCUCAGAGGAGCCCCCUAGACUAUGGGACCAGAGCUCUGACACUGUGGAGAGAGAAGCAGAAGCAGCAGACCAGCAGCACCACAACGGCUUUAUGGUUCUGGACUUGUGUGAUGGACCAGAGGACAGCUUUGAGGACGAUGUGGGCAUCGACAUGAGCAAGCUGCUGUCCUCCUCCUCACAGACAGGGAGUGCAGGGCCCAACCUCAGCAGACAACUCAUGACCCACCUGCGGCUGCUGCAGGCCGAUCUGCACUACUUAAAGGAGGUGGAGCAGAAGUACAGGCAGCUGCAGCACAGCCUCAGUGACACCACCACAGACUCAGACGACUACACUGAUUCGGUCAUUUGAGCAUUCCCACCCAUGGACACAAAAGUGGCCAACAGAGUCAAACACUGGAUACAUCCACACACCACCAGGGGGCAGCACAUCAGGACACCUCACCACUCCACAAUUCCACAAUUUUUAUUCAAAUCUCACGAUUAUGAGAGUGACUUUCUGAAGUUGGACUUGCCGAGCAUAGUACAACCAAAUCAUGGAUACAGUCAAAAAUCAGCAAUCAUCCUUUUGACAUUCCUGGAUUUAUACAGCAUUCCGAUCACUUUGUCUGUAAGAAACUGGCCGCGAGACUGCACACGAGCUGAGGACAUGUGGUAAAACUGUACACAUUCUGUAAACAGUGAGAAAAUAUGAGUUAUUGUAGAGAGCAGCACAUAUAUAUAUAUAUUAUAAACCUUAGAAUUAUUUUGUAAUGCAUUUGCUUUUAACACUUUGAAUACUGAAUCUUCCACUCAUGUAUUUGAUUUAAAGUAUAUGAAGUUAUUGUAUUAACCCUGCUGACACAUGCUGACACAGAGGUUAUUAAAAAGAAA